GCACGUUGAAUGUAGGUCUUUGGUAUCCCAAAGGUUCAACAUGUCAUCUUGUUGGCUAUUCCGACUCGGAUUUUGCAGGUUGCAAACUCGAUAGGAAAAGUACCAGCGGUACUUGCCACUUAUUCGGUCAUUCGCUAAUCUCGUGGUUUAGUAAGAAGCAGGGAGACUUUCUUCCACAUUCGGAACGAACUUGGAAUUUUGGAUAUCUCUAUGAACUAAUCCAUUCUUUUUAUUGACUAUAAUAAUUUGAGCGUCGGAGGCGCGAUAAAUUCUUUUUUGCAGGGCUUUUUAGGUAUCUCUUCCCUUGGUAUUCAACCGAAUUGGACUUGAUGUUUUUUUCUGUCAAACAAGUUUUAAUCGAUUACUCCUCGAAGAGAAAUCGAUUAGUUGCCUCUGUCCCUCUUAAUCGAUUACUUGACUUUUGUUAAUCGAUUAAAAUCCGAAACUUUUUGCUCUGCGUCACUUUAAAUCGAUUAAUUUGGUUACAUUAAUCGAUUAGACUCAUCUGUCCAUCUUAAUCGAUUAACCACGUUUGCUUAAUCGAUUAAUAGCUUGAAACGCAAACGUUUGGUUCAGCUCCACGUUUAAUCGAUUAAAAUGCUUCAUUUAAUUGAUUUUGCCUCGGCUAUGUUCCUUAAUCGAUUAAAUACUUUCUUUUAAUUGAUUAAUAUUCGAUUUAUGCCCUUAUAUCCAGCCCAGGCUUCGUCUUCUUCGCCAUUCUCCUGUUAAGAAAUCCGAAACCCUAACACCUUCCCUUCUCCAAUAUUUCUCAAAUUUCUUCCAUCUUCUCACCAAAUCCCAUCAAUUUCAAAGAGGAAGGAUGCCAAGGUGCAAGAACGCUUCAUCGCGUCAAGAAUCGGCGGUAGAGGAGAGUGAGAGGCCAUGGCGUCGUGAAGGGAGCAAGUAUAUUCACAUUCAAACCGGACUCGCCUUCAACACUGGGGCUUCAGUCGAGAGGUUCCACAACAUCUUCCUCACGAAGGAGAUCGUCUCUCCUAAGAUCGUGAACAAGGACCUCUUCAAAUCAGCGACCUAUGCCCCGAGUAAGUCUCUUCUCCUUCAGCAAGGUUUGCUUCGUUUCAUCCAUUUGACGUAUGAAUUCUUUUGUCCAAAUCUUAUACAUCAAUUUUAUGCAAAUAUUCGUACCACUAAGGGAGACUCGCCAUCUCUCAUUUCCUAUGUUGACGGCAAAACCGUUUUCAUUGACGGUGCCAGUUUGACUUCUUUGUUUGGCCUUCGUCGCGGUGAAAUUACCAAAAACUUGGAUGAAACAUUCCAAGAUGAGGCAAUUUGGCGACAACUCGGGUUAGAUCAUCGUGACCUCAAGUUUAGAAAUUCUAGCAACCCGAGUGUCAUUAAUCUCACUUUAAUUCAACGCGUCCAACAAUACAUCUUCUCAUAUGUUUUGUUGCCCCGUGAUUCGAACCAUGGCGUUCUCAACAAGGACGAUAUUCGUUUGUUUCACGUCCUGUUGAACGAUGUCAAAUUUGAUUGGGUUCACUUCUUUAUCGUUGCACUUAGCGAUGGCACUCGUUUUUCCCAUCUCCGUUUUGCCAUCCCCAUUAUGCAUAUCCUUGCUCAUUGCAAAAUAGACUUUACUCGGGACACUCAGGUGCCGGUCAAGAAGACGUGUUUCAUCACUGAAGCCAAGUUUUCCCGGAUCGUGUAUCGAGAGGAGGGCGAUGCUGCACCAAAUCUGGACCUAAUAGUCGCAGAAGAAGAAGAAGAGAGCCAAAACGAGACUCAAGCUGAGUCAUCUCGAGCCGGAGGAAGUCGAGCCACGGAGCGCGUCACUCGUCAACGGAGGACUCGUCCAAGAGAAGAAGCACCAGAACCUUCUUGGGUGAAGAGGAUCUUCGAUACUCUCACGUGCAUCCGAGAUGACGUUCGCCAGCUCAACGAGAGGAUGACUCGUUUUGAGCAAUUUCGCUCCUACCGUGGCCCGCGUCACAGCUUUAGCGGAGGAGCUCGUCCGACGAACUCUCUUUGAUUGUUAUUUUCUUUCUCUCUUGACUGAUUAUGAUACAUUGUUAUUUGUUAUGACUCUUUUUGUGGAUGAUGAUGUUUCCUUUCGGUGAUGUUAGUUGAUAUUAAUUAUGAUUGUGUAUUGAUAUCAUUGUUGGAUUGGCAAUAUUGUUCUUGUUUAGAACAUAUUGUCCCUUUGUGGCUUUUUUUACUAAGAGUUCUCUUUUAAAGAGAACUCUUGCCAAUUUUUUUGCUUUCCUUCAAUAUCCCGGCAUUGUUUAAGGGGGAAGGUUAUCGGUUGAUAAUGCCAAAAGGGGGAAGGAAGGAUAGUUGAGAAUUUUUUAAAAUCGUUUUUCCGCUUAUUACUCCGAUUAUUUUUACUGCACUUCUCUAACCUUGCAGGGGAAAUUUUUCUGAAAAGGUAGUAAUUUCUGAACUCUUACUUUGCUCUUUCUCAACUAUGUUUGUCAUUAUCAAAAAGGGGGAAAUUGUUUGACAUGAGUUCAAACCCCUUUUCUAUUUCUUCUGGAAUAUUUUUUGUUUUGAUGAAUGACAAACAGGAUGUAUAAUUUCAAGCUGAUCGAAAAUUUAUUUUCGUAUCGAGAAAAGCAAAGAAGGGUAUCAAGAAGUGUACGACGAUAAAAAUCGACGAUCACCCCUACGCAGAUUUUUUUUUAAGAGAAGUGAAGACUCCGAAGAUUUUUUUAUUUUUUAAUUAAGUCUAGGAAUCUUUGUAAGGAUGACAAUUUUUUUCUGCACAAACAAAUUAUUUUUGAGGGA